GGCAGGCAGGUGUGGGACGGAGGAGCCAGCCGAGCACCAGAGGAGAAGUGGAGGAGGGUGGGGGCGAUUGGGGCCCCUAAAGUCAGGGCGGGGUGCUGGGGGAGCCAGGGCCGGGAGCGGGGUUAGUAAGGGCAGGGUGGGAUGCUGGGGACAGGGAAUGGGGCCCCUCAGUGCAAGGUGGGGUGCUGGGGGAUCUGGGGAUGGAGCUGGGGGAUCAGGGUCAUGACACCAAGAUGGAAGGCAGAGGGUGCAGUGGGAAUGGUGGGGUCCCUGAGGGCAGGUCGAAAGGCUGAAGACCUGGGAGUAACUAGAAGAGGCAUUACUAGAAGCAGGAUGGGGUGUUGGGGAGGGGGUCAUGCUGAGCCCCCACCCACCCCAAACCUGUUUCCUGGACAGCAAACCAUGGUUAAGAGCCAGGCCUGCUGGGGUUGAAAUCAGGCUCCUCCCAUUCCAGCUGUGCAACCUAACCUCUGAAUUCCUCAGUUGCUUCAUCUGUGAUAUUGGGAUGAUGAUAAUGGCAGUGCCCACCACAUAGGAAUGUGGUGAGUCGUGUGAGUUACCCACGUGAGGCUCUGCACACAGUGAGGCUCGGGCCAGUCUGUGGCUCCAUGAUGAUGGCCAUGUUUGUUUUCUCUCUCCAGCAUCUGAAUAACUGUACCUCUUGAGGCUCUCCCACCACGUGGACAUCGCCUGAUCCCCUUCCAUUCUCCAUCCUCCCAGCCCCCUCCUGCUGUCCCUGAGCCAUCUGAUCUUCCCCCACACCCCUCCCCUUCUCCUCUCUGCCCCUUCCCAGCCCUCUGUCAUGUGCCCCCUUCCUCCCUGCUGGCCCUGCUGCUGUCUGCUCCUCCUCUUCUCCCUGGGAAGCCAGGGGGCCUUGGGGACUCCCAGAGCCACCCCGGAGCAAGUCCAUCUGUCCUACCCAGGUGAGCCAGGCACCAUGACUGUAACUUGGACCACGUGGGUCCCUACCCGCUCUGAAGUGCAGUUCGGGCUGCAGCUAUCAGGGCCCCUGCCCCUCCGGACCCAGGGCACCUCCAGCCUCUUUGUGGAUGGGGGAAUUCUCAAACGGAAGUUCUACAUACACCGAGUCACUCUGCGGAGGCUGCUGCCAGGGGUCCAGUAUGUUUACCGUUGUGGCAGUGCCCAGGGCUGGAGCCGUCGGUUCCGCUUCAGGACCUUAAAGAACGGGCCCCACUGGAGCCCCCAUCUGGCUGUGUUUGGGGACCUGGGAGCUGACAAUCCAAAGGCUCUCCCCCGGCUGCGCAGGGACAUCCAGCAGGGCAUGUACAAUGCUGUUCUCCAUGUGGGAGACUUUGCCUACAACAUGGACGAGGACAACGGCCGCGUCGGGGACAAGUUCAUGAGGCUUAUUGAGCCUGUGGCCGCCAGCCUGCCAUACAUGACAUGUCCUGGGAAUCAUGAAGAACGCUACAACUUCUCUAACUACAAGGCUCGCUUCAGUAUGCCAGGGAACACCGAAGGUCUUUGGUACAGCUGGGAUCUGGGCCCGGCCCACAUCAUCUCUUUCUCCACCGAGGUCUAUUUUUUUCUCCAUUAUGGCUACCACCUGGUAGACAGACAGUUCCGCUGGCUGGAGAACGACCUCCAGAAAGCCAACCAGAAUCGGGCAAUCCGGCCGUGGAUCAUAACCAUGGGUCACCGGCCCAUGUACUGUUCCAAUGCUGAUCUGGAUGACUGCACAAGGCACGAAAGCAAGGUCCGCAAAGGCCUCUUUGGCCGGUUAUAUGGGCUGGAGGAUCUUUUCUACAGAUACGGGGUUGACCUGCAGCUGUGGGCUCAUGAGCACUCAUACGAACGGCUGUGGCCAAUUUACAACUAUCAGGUGUUUAACGGCAGCCAAGCGAUGCCCUACACCAACCCUCGAGCCCCUGUCCAUAUCAUCACAGGAUCUGCUGGCUGUGAGGAGCGGCUGACCCCCUUUGCCAUCUUCCCACGGCCCUGGAGUGCUGUGCGUGUGAAGGAGUAUGGGUACACGCGGCUACACAUCCUCAACGGAACCCAUGUCCACAUCCAGCAGGUGUCCGAUGACCAGGAUGGCAAGAUUGUGGACGACAUCUGGAUGGUGAGACCCCUGCUCAACCGGACGACAUACCUCUAGGGAUGACAGCAGCUCUCAUAAGGAACCCAGGAACCCCAAGGCUUGCUGACUUGGCUGGUGCGGCCCGACGCUGCCCAGGCCCAGAUGGGGAGUCAGGGCGGGCCUCAACGCCCCUGCCCUCCCGAGGCCCCACGUGGGGUGGACACAGCCCUGAAGGAGCUGGGGUAGCUCUCUCCUCCUGGAGAGGUGGGAGUCCUGGCUGACUGUGGAGGGUGGGUGCAGAAUGAAGCAGGGCGGGUCUCAGGCGGACACAGCCCCGCCCCUGCAUAGCUGACUGGACUGGGUGCCCACAGGGCCUUGCAAUAAAGAGGCUUGUGCCGGUGGCUUUGUGGACGCUGC